GUCAAAAAGUUGGAAAGCCUUUGACUGCUGUGCAGACCUUACAGUGCAUCAAGGUAAAUAAGUGCAGUAACAUACAGUAUAGGCCUACAUAUACUAGCCUAAACCUACUUUAUACACACUAAACUUACUUUACAUUUUAUUUACUUGAUAGGUUUCUGCUGUUUGGGAGCUUGUUGGCAUUGAUUUAACUGGACCAUUACCUGAAACUGCAGAUGGCUUUAAAUACAUCCUCACAGCCACAGACUAUUUCUCUAAGUGGGUUGAGGCUUUUCCUUUAAAAACCAAGACAGCUGCUGAAGUUGGAAGACAUCUCUGUUCCAUCAUUUAUAGGCAUGGUUGUCCCCAGAGAAUUCUCUCAGAUCAGGGAAGGGAAUUUGUAAAUGAUCUUAACCACAGGCUUUGUGAAAUGUUGUGCAUCAAAAGAAGUGUGACAGCAGCUUAUCAUCCUCAAACGAAUGGCCUGGAUGAAAAGACCAACGACAACAUUAAACGUAAUGAAGGUCUGGGCUGCAAAUGUCACUGGUCAGGUUGAAGCAGUUGUUGGGCCAUAUAAGCUCUAUGACUCUUCUUUUCACUCACUGCAAGGGACCGAGUGGCUUUCUGAUGAAGUCAUUGAUGCAUACCUGCACCUGGUCGUUGAAAAACAACAGAACCACGUACACCAGCUUUGUGCAGUUGUUGCUCGUUCGUUGUUUGCUGGACAGUUCAGAUGCCUAGGGAAGAUGAAGUUUCCCAUUGAGGACAUUUGGCUGUGCCCUGUGAAUGUUGGAGCACAUUGGAUUCUUGUGAUUAUCAACAUGCCUGAAAAAACGCUCCUCCUGAUUGACCCAAUGGGAAAUGAAUGUUCUUAUGAACAUAAAAUUCUGCGGAACUGGAGGAAUUUUUUAAAACUGAGGUGUGAUGGGCAAACAGCCCAGUGGCAAUUACGGACCCUGAAGCACGACCAGCAGAUGGAUUCCAGCAGUUGUGGAGUAUUGGUAUUGAAUUUUGCUGAACGAUACCUGCUGACAGGAGCGAUCAGCGAUGUUCAGACUACGCCUGAAGCUGUCAGCUCAGCACGCAUUAAAGUAGCCUGCGCACUUCUUGGAUGUCGAGGUAAUGCAGAGGAGUACUGUGUGCUUUGCAGCAUGCUGGAAGACGACCCCAAUGAAAGCAUGAUUGAAAUGGUACAGUGUGAGCUGCAAUAG